GCGGCUCCCCUGCCUCCCCAGAACAGCCGAAGGCGGCGCUUUCCUCGACCCCUGGACCCCAGGAGGGAUCCCCGAGCUUCCCGGAGGCAGAGUUGCACACAGGGACCUCACUGCCCGCAGAAACUCCACGCGCUGCGGCGGAUGCCCCUCGCCCUGGCCGGACGACCCCACGCACGGCGGUCGGGGCCCCGCGGAUCACCGUCUUCCCCCGCGGGCUUUUCAGAGCCCGGCUAAGUAGCCAGGUUUGGGGUGCUGCGGGCCCAAAUGGCCAAGUGGCUACGGGACUACCUGAGCUUUGGCGGUCGGAGACCCCCUCCGCAGCCACCCACUCCCGACUACACGGAAAGCGACAUCCUGCGGGCCUACCUGGAACAGAAGAAUCUGGACUUCGAGGACCCUUAUGAGGACGCGGACAGCCGCCUGGAGCCAGACCCUGCGGGCCCCGGGGACUCAAAGUACGACUCUCCCAAGCACCGGCUCAUCAAGGUAGAGGCAGCCGACAUGGCCGACGUGGCCCGAGCCAAGGUCUUGCUGGGCAGUGCAGGGGCAGAGUUGGAAGUUGACACUGAGUACUCAGACCCCUUUGAUGCCCAGCCACAUCCCCCACCCCCAGAUGAUGGCUACAUGGAACCCUAUGAUGCCCAGCGGGUUAUGAGUGAUCUGCCUUGCAGGGCAGUGCAGCUGUAUGACACUCCCUAUGAGGAGCAGGAUGGGGAGCCAGGACACAGGCCCCUUUCAGGGCAGAAGCCUCGACAGAGCCGGCUGCCCCAGGAAGAUGAACGGCCAGCAGAUGAGUAUGAUCAGCCCUGGGAGUGGAAGAAAGACCACAUCUCCAAGGCAUUUGCAGUGCAGUUUGACAGUCCAGAGUGGGAAAGGACCCCAGGCUCAGCCAAGGAGCUCCGGAGACCCCCACCCAGAAGCCCCCAUCCUGCAGAGCGCGUGGACCCCGCCCUGCCCCUGGAGAAACAGCCAUGGUUUCAUGGCCCUCUGAGCCGGGCAGAUGCCGAAAACCUCCUCUUGCUCUGCAAGGAAGGCAGCUACCUUGUGCGGUUCAGCGAGACCAACCCCCAAGACUGCUCCCUGUCCCUCAGAAGCAGCCAGGGCUUCCUGCAUCUGAAGUUUUCGAGGACCCGAGAGAACCAGUUGGUGCUGGGUCAGCACAGCGGCCCCUUCGCCAGUGUGCCCGAGCUGGUGCUCCAUUACAGCUCACGCCCGCUGCCUGUGCAGGGCGCCGAGCACCUGGCCCUGCUGUACCCGGUGGUCACGCAGAGCCCCUGCCCUGCGGCCUCUGCCCCCUGCCCUGCUCCGUGAGGCUGAGAUUCACUGGCUGCAAAUGCUGGAGGCCUUUCCAGUCCUG